UCAAUAGUGAUUGUGAUGAAAGGGCUAUACAUGGAACUCACGAGGAUACUGACGGUUUUCACAAGCAUUGAUUUAUCAAAUAAUAUGUUUGAAGGAGAAGUACCCAAAGUUAUUGGAGAGUUGCAUUCUCUCAUAGGGCUUAACAUUUCACACAAUAGAAUCACUGGUACCAUUCCAUUGUCACUGGGUAAUUUAAACAAUUUGGAAUGGUUGGACCUCUCAUGGAACCAAUUGAAGGGUGAGAUUCCCAUGUCUUUGACAAAUUUGAAUUUUUUGGCAGUCUUAAACCUUUCACAAAACCAAUUUGAGGGAGUAAUACCUACAGGACGACAAUUUAACACAUUUGGAAAUAAUUCUUAUGUUGGAAAUCCAAUGCUUUGUGGAUUUCCUUUGUCAAAAUCCUGCAAUGAGGAUAAAGAAAGGCCACCAUGUUCAACACUUGAUAAAGAAGAAUCAGGAUUUGGAUGGAAUGUCAUUGUAGUGGGAUAUGCAUGUGGGAUGAUCUUUGGAAUAAUAUUAGGUUGUAAUGUUUUCUUUGUUGGAAAACUCGAAUGGCUUGCAAGACUUGUUGAAGUUGUGUGAAACGUGAGACUCAUAAGAACAAACAUAGCAAAUCAUGCAAAUGGUUGGAGAAGAAAUUAGUGCACU